AUGGACACCCCGGGCGACGCGUCUCCUCCGGCUUCGCCUUCUAACACCGGCUCUACAAACCUGCAGACCCCCGCUCCGGUGGCAUCAGCUUCUCCUACACCUGGCGCAUACAAUACCACUGCUUCGCUCGCCAACGGCCUCGAGGACAGCGAGGCAGACAGCGACAACGAUGACAGUCGUGGACGCAAACGGCGUCGCCUGCGCCGCGGUGACGCUCCUUCAUCGACUCCUUCCAACGCCCCCGCGUCGCCAACACUGAGUCAGAUCGCGAAUGGAGAUGACGCAGACGACGGAGAUGACGACUAUGGAGAGCAGGCCGAGGAGCUGGACGAGGAGAUCGUAGACGAGCUGGACAUCCAGGAGCGGGAGAGAUACUACUUUAGUGAAGACGAACUGGAUGACGACGCGGAUGGAGAAGAUCUGGGCGAGAACGCAGAGAUGGACUACCGCCGCAUGGAGACACUGGAUCGCUACGACACUGCCAUGCUUGACACGAGACAGUAUGAUGACAUGGAUCGGGACACACGCAGAGCCGUCGAGGACGAGCUGAACCGCCGAGACGCACGUAAUGGACGCAUCGCCCAAGUGCUCCAAGAAGACCAGGAAAUGGAGCACGACGAUACCCACAGACGGCGAUUCCGACGACGACAGGAUGGAGACGCAGACUUGGGCGGCACAGCAGACGAGGGCAACGAAGAUUUCAUCAACUUGGAGCACUUCGACGUGCCUCUACGCGAGUGGAUCGCCACCGAGACCCCAAGAAACGAGAUCAAGAGAAGGUUCCGUAACUUCCUGAACUCCUUCUUGGACGGCAGAGGGAGACUGGUGUAUCACGAGAAGAUCGUGCAGAUGGCGCAGCGUAACGAGCAGUCGUUGGAGAUCGAGAUCGGCGACGUGAUCCACAGCAUGUCGAUGGUGGCCGCGUGGCUGGUGGAAGCCCCCAAGGACAUGCUGGCCAUCUUGGACGAGGUGGCGCAGGACGUGGUGCUCGCCCUGUUCCCGUACUACGCGACCAUCCACCAACAGAUCUACGUGCGUAUUCUGGAUCUGCCGGGCACGGAGCGACUGCGCGACUUGCGUACUGCGCACCUGAACUUCUUGAUCAAAGUCUCAGGCGUGGUGACGAGACGUACAUCAGUGUUCCCGCAGCUGCAGCUGGUCAAAGUCAACUGCCCUGGCUGUGGCGCCGUGCUGGGUCCGUUCACGCAGCAGAGUCAGCAGGAAGUCAAGCUCAACGCCUGUCCCGAGUGUCAGUUCCGCGGCCACUUCCCCGUUAACAGCGAGCAGACCGUGUAUCGUAAUUUCCAGAAGAUCACGCUGCAGGAAUCACCUGGCAGUGUGCCUCCAGGUCGUGUGCCUCGCUCGAAGGACGUGGUGCUGGUGGGAGACCUCAUCGACAAGGCGCGACCUGGAGACGAGAUCGCAGUGACCGGCAUCUACACCAACACGCCAGACCCGACGCUCAACUUACGCGACGGCUUCCCUGUCUUCCGUACUGUGAUCGAGGCCAACCACGUCGAGCGUCGUGCGGAUGUGCUGGGUAGUCAGUUGCUCACUGCAGAAGACAAGAAGCAGAUCUUGCGACUGGCGAAGCAGCCGGAUAUUGCGCAAAGGAUCAUCAACAGCAUCGCGCCGUCCAUCUACGGCCAUCAGCAAGUCAAGACGGCGUUGGCACUGGCCUUGUUUGGCGGUAAACCCAAGUUCAUCAAGAACUCGCGCGUGCGUGGCGACCUGAACGUGCUGAUGGUGGGAGACCCCGGUACAGCCAAGUCGCAGUUUCUCAAGUUCGCCAAGCAGACGGCUCCUCGUGCAGUGUACUCGACAGGCAAAGGUGCUUCAGCUGUGGGUCUGACGGCUGGUGUGUCUCGCGAUCCCUUCACGAAGGAGUGGGUACUGCAGGGCGGAGCGUUGGUGCUGGCAGACAAGGGCGUGUGUCUGAUCGAUGAGUUCGACAAGAUGAACGAGCAGGACCGCACGAGUAUUCACGAAGCCAUGGAGCAGCAGAGUAUCUCGGUGUCAAAGGCCGGUAUCGUCACGUCGCUGCAGGCUCGUUGCUCGGUCAUUGCAGCGGCGAAUCCUAUUGGCGGUCGGUACAACGCUGCGCGGACGUUCGCGGAGAAUGUGGAGCUCACCGACCCGAUCCUGCAGCGUUUCGACCUGCUCUGUGUCCUGCAGGAUAAAGUGGACCCUGUGGAUGACGAACGGCUAGCAGAUUUUGUAGUCUCCAGUCACAUGCGCAGUAACUCGAAGAAGAAAAGGCCGGAAGACGACGACGAAGAAGAGACCGCCGACGAGGAAGAUGAACUCAGUGCCAUGACGCAGUCCAUGCAAGUGGGCGACAGUGAUGCGAGCAUGACACUGGACCAGGAGCUACUGCGCAAGUACAUUUUGUACGCUCGGACGUUCGUGAAUCCGGUGCUCGCGAGCGGACUGGACACAGGCAAAAUAGAAGCGUUCUACGCGCAGCUUCGACGUGCGUCGCAGCACACGGGCGCUGUUCCCGUGGCUGUGCGACACUUGGAGUCGCUCUUCCGCAUGGCCGAAGCUCACGCUCGCAUGCACCUGCGCGACACGGUGGGCGAUGAAGACUUGGCGCUGGCUAUCCGAGUGCUGACCGAGAGUCUGUGUGACGCCCAGAAGUUCACCUUCAAGCGGCAAUGGCGACGUCUCUUCCGACCGUACUUGACGUAUCGUCAGGACAAUAACGUGCUGCUGCUUCACGUGCUGCACGAGUUGUUCAAGUCUGCGCACGCCUACCAGCAACUGCGCAUGCAGACGAAUGUCCAGGCAGGCCAGCGCAGUCACAAGGAGACAGCGCUGACAGUUCUUCGAGACGAUCUGCUGUCCAAGGCUAAGUCUGUGGGCAUCUACGACCUGAGCGAGUUCUACGAGUCUGCGGCGUUCACCAAAGCAGGCUUCCACAUUGACGAGGCCUCCAACUCCAUCAUCAAAGACAUUUAA